AUGGCAGUUGAAAACCCCAAAGAACGAGUCAAGAUUGAGAACAACCAUCAUACUAACUUGAAGGUGCCAGGGCAGGAUGGUUUUGUGGUGCAGUUUAAGACUAAGACUCUUAAUAACCUAAUGAAAGCCUAUUGUGAAUGGCAGGGUGUGUCAAUGAGGCAGAUCAGAUUCCAAUUUGAUGGGCAGCCAAUUAAAGCAACACACACACCUGCACAAUUGGAAAGGGAGGAUGAAGAUGCAAUUGAUGUGUUCCAGCAGCAGACAAGAGGUGUCUACUAA